AUGGCGAAGCCGAUGCGCCGACUCAUGAACCCCGCGCUCUUCAUAUGCGACUUGCAAGAAAAGUUUCGGCCCGCAAUCUACGAAUAUCCCAAAGUCAUAGCGACUACGCAGAAGAUGCUCAAAGCCUGCAAGAUCCUCAAUAUCCCUGUUUUUGCAACAACUCAGAACAAGUCCCGACUCGGCGAAACCUGCGAAGAGCUCGGCCUCGACAGCCCCGAUGGCAUUUCCACCAAAGUCCACGCCGACAAGACAGCGUUCUCCAUGUGGACACCCGAGGUCCGAAAAGCGUUCGCCGAUCUCCCACCCACCACACCACCGACGGCGAAGCGCGAGUGCAUAAUCGUUGGCAUCGAGUCCCACAUCUGCGUCACACAAACAACACUGGACCUACUGCGUGAGGGUCACAAGGUCUACGUUCUAGCGGAUGGUGUAAGCAGUUGCAACAGAGAAGAGGUGCCGAUUGCGCUGGCUAGGCUGCGGGCGGAAGGCGCGGUCGUGACGACAAGCGAGAGCUGGAUGUAUGAGUGCAUGGGAGACGCCGGGAUUCAAGAAUUCAAGGAGAUCGCCAAGUUGGUAAAGGAGACGAAGGAUAGUACGCAGCAGUCGCUGCAGACGCUGUGCAAAAUAUGA